AUGCAACAUCCUGCUGCCAGGAGGCCGGGCAAUCGGUGGCCUGGAGCACAGAUACGUAUCUACGGACUCUAUCCGAUAGUGGCUUGGUGUACCCGUAGUCGUCACUCAGACCCAGAUAUAGGACUGGUUCCUCGAAAAGAUCGGGCUUAUGAUGAAGUAUACGGGUGUGAGAGCCAGCCAGCGAGAGGAUGCGAAGCAAGCAAGGUGCGGCGAGUGGUAAAACGUCGAUACGUACUCCCCGUCCACAUCCCUGGCGAUCCCCAGUCAAACGUCUCUUCCUCUAACCUCUUCUGCAAAGCCAGGUUCUCUAGAGGGCAAGGGAGACGAACAAGGGGCGGCAUGACAUUGGCAGGCCCCCGUGGUGGGCCGGGAACGUCUUCUGGUCCCCAGUCCCUAGCCAAGGCAGGCCCGUUGGAUCGUGGUGAGCCAAUGCUGAGAGGGCUACCUGCUGUGCGGAGACCAUUGUAG